AUGAGUUGGCGCGCUUUCAUCAAGCCCAUAUUUGUUGUUUGCUAUUCUUUACUUAUAUGUAUUACACUUCCUUUUCUGAUUUUAAAGCUGUACGAAAAAUCGGCUCCGGCAAUAGUCAGCGCGUGGUUCGUCGCCGGACUUUUUGUUCUAGGUGCAAUACCUAUAUCACUAUGGACCAUAAUUGAGCACAUGAUCAAUUACACCAAUCCACUUCUUCAAAGACAUAUUAUCAGAAUCUUGUGGAUGGUUCCGAUUUAUGCUGCUGAUGCGUGGUUGGCACUGAUUUUCCCUUCAUUUGCAAUUUACUUUGACACGUUAAGAGAAUGCUAUGAAGCUUAUGUCAUUUACAACUUUCUUGCGUUUUUGCUUAAUUAUUUGAGGAGCGAGUUUCCUGACUUACGAUGCGUUAUUGAACAGAAGCCACAAAUGAAACACUUGCCGCCGUUUUGUUUCUUAAACUCUUGGAAAAUGGGAAGAGUAUUCAUUGACCACUGUCGUCACGGGGCCUUGCAGUACACCGUUAUUCGUCCACUAACAACUGCUAUUGCACUAAUAUGUGAAAUGGUUGGCGUUUAUGGUGAAGGAGACUUCAACUUUCGCCACGCGUUCCUUUACUUGACUAUUAUAAACAAUGUCUCUCAAAUUUGGGCACUCUAUUGUUUAGUAAUGUUCUAUCGGUGUACUCGAUUAGAAUUAAGUCCAAUGAAACCGGUCGCCAAAUUUCUAUGCGUCAAAUUCGUUGUUUUCAUGUCUUUCUGGCAGUCCAUUUUAAUCGCAGUACUUGCUGCUACUGGUGUUAUCAGAAAGGUGGAAGCCUGGAAACUAUAUGAUGUUCAGUCUAUUGGUAUCGCACUACAAAAUUUCGCUAUAUGUAUCGAGAUGUUCAUUGCCGCAAUAGCCCAUCACUUCUCUUUCACUUGGACGCCAUAUGUCGAUCCUAAUUCGGAACCAACGAGUUGUUGUUACUCAUGGCGGUCUAUGUGGGAUGUGUCUGAUAUGCGUCGAGAUGUUGUAGAACAUGUCAGGCACAUCGGUCAUAGUGUAAGACAUUUUAAUUUCUCCUCCGACCGUCAACUUUCAGGCCGUCACAGUCUUUCAGGAACUUAUCACCGAGUUGUAUCUCUUGACGCUGAUGAAGUCGAUUGUAAUAGUAUUGCAUACUGUGACAACGAAAUCAACCCUCUUCUUUCAAAUCAGGUUUCCAGUUCUGAAGUAGGAAUUGGAUCUGAAUUACUUCGUGUUAGGAAUUCCGGGGAUAAUAUUCAAACUGAAAAGAUAGUCUAA